CUUGUUUCUUUUUUCAUUUUGUAUUAAAGCAAACUUCUCGCGUCAAUAGCCGAUCCACUAUGAUACACGACACCGACUGACGAUGUACCUAGGACAUACGACGAAUCAAAUAAAUGAUAUUUAAUACGAGCCCGUAGUCCCUUAAUUGCUCUCCAGAACAUCUGAAUCUUCCGUUAGUCAAUUUUUUCCCUUCUUGUUCAGCGUGUAUGUGUCGGUAAAUUUUCGUUUCGUUGGUUAUAUUUUAUAACCCGUCGUCGACGUUGUAACACUUGAUGUUCUUGAAAAAUGAAACUCGAUAUAUCUUUAUACUAAUGAUGAGAAAAUUUUUUAUUAUCAAGGAUUUCUUUUUUUUUUUUUUUUUUAGUAAAGUAUGACGAUGAUUUACGUGGUACGUAAAAAUUGUAUUUUAGUUUUCGAAAAUUAUUUGUCUUAAUCUGAUUAGAACCAGUAUGACAACGUGUUACGGCGAUCAACGAAAACUGGGCCAAGUAAUCGAUCAAAUGAAAAUACUAGCCAACAAUAUGGACGAGCUACGCGCUGAAAUUAACAUGUUAAGAAAUAGUUAUUCGAAAAGUAAAGAGAAUCAUUCGUGUGCGAGUGUUUUUAAAAGAAACAGCAGCAGCAAGACUAAUGUUCUAAGUAAAUUAAAAAAAUACAUGAGGAAAGUAACAAGCAUAUACUCAUUGAGAAAAGAACGCAAGUAUGGCAAAGAUCAAGAGACUUAUUAUCCUUGCACGAAUAUGGAUCCUCGAUUGCCUUCGUUUUUAAGUUACGUCUUUCGUACUCGAAAGAAAGGAAAUCUAUUAGAAAUACCAACUAGGAUUAAAUAUCUUAAAAGUCGAGGCAUUCAAACGAACGGGAAACUCGAAAGCCGCCGAUGUAUCGCAAAAUCACCAGCAAUCAUACCCAUUGGAAACGUAGAUGACGUUAACGAUGAUGGAUUUCUAUUUACGAAACAUGAACAUGAACGAUAUAAUAAAAUAAUAUUUCCAAAGAAAUAUGCAACUCUUGCCCCACAUUGUUCCGAAAUAAGUUGUGAAUUAGAUUUCCAAAUAGAAAAUCCAAUGACCUCCCCAUCUGAUUUCAAUGUGAAUAUCUUUUCGGAUUCGUGCUCUUUUAAAAAUUGUCCAGAGAAUGCGAGAAUAGUUCUGUCGGACAAUAAUGACGAACAGCCCGCAACAAAAUACACGCAAACGAAAGUGGUGAAACUGAGACGAAAGUCCAAGCAUUUGAAUUUUCAUCAUAAACAACCGAAUCUUUGCUUUUCUAAGAUGAAGAACGCUGUGAUAACGAAAGAGAUCAUAAGAAAUUCGAACGAGCGCACGUUUACGGUAUGUGGAGAGAUCAACGAUGUGAGAGAUUAUCCACGUUUGAGGAAAAUUUGUUGUAAACAAUGCUCGUGCAAGAGACGAAACAAUUUUACUCAGUGGAACGAUCAAAAAGACGAGGUAAACUUUCCCAUGGAGAAAACUGUGCAGAGGAUAAGUGACGAUUUACCUAUAAACGACAGUAUGUUCGAAAACAUACCACCCACAACAAAAUCAGAUUUAUCAUCUUCGUUAGUUUCUUUGGAUAUCAAUAUUUCUAAUAGUUCCAGCAAUAUUGAGGAUUUUCCAGAACGUAGAAAACCAAGAACUUAUGUAAUACGUCGAACAACUCAGAAAUGUAAUCAGAAUAAUUGUUCGAGUAAUUUUGAAAAGAGCGUCAUUUGCCUAGGACAAACCUCCGAUUUGACCUUCUCUUCAUGUAGUUUUCCUAAUCGUAAUAUCCAUUUUAAUUAAAGGAAAUAUUUAGUUAUUUGUAUAUACAUGUAUUCAUUUCUAGCGACAAGAUUAUACCUCGUUUAAAUUCUGAUGUUUUAAAAAUGUAAAUAGAAUUAUAUGUAACUCCUAAUUGCAUUUAAUUGUAACUG